UUAGAGUAGGCAGGCCUUUGUGGUUGGAGAAUGAACAACUGUUUUUCGUGGCCGUCAUUGUCGUGUGAGCAUAAUUCCAAUUUUUAUUUAAUAUUGAUUUGCUUCGCCAUUUUCAGGGUUUCGAGAUCCUCCCCCUGAACGGGGAGAGAAAUGUUUUUGCCUCUUCUCUUCUCCCCAAGCAAUUAGAAAUUCUUUCCGUCUUCCUAUUUCAGAUUCCAAGAGCAUUUCCCCUUUUAAAUCUCUAAAUUUCUCCGCUUUUCCUACAAAUUUCUUGCAGAUUGUCACUUGUUGAUUUUAAUCCAAUAAUGGCAACUUGUUUUAGUUUCUCUUCCACCAUGGAUUCCUGUUUCCGCUACUCUUUUUCUAGGGCAGGCCUCAAAUCCAUCACCACCGAUCUCGGCGAUGGGACGAUCGUCCAUUGUUGGGCGCCUAAAUUCAGAAGAGAGACCAAACCUUGCUUGCUUCUCCUCCAUGGAUUUGGAGCCAAUGCAAUGUGGCAAUGGAACGAAUUCAUAUCGCCAUUGAUACGAUUCUUUAAUGUUUACGUUCCUGACCUAAUUUUCUUUGGCAAUUCGUACACCACUCGCCCGGAGAGGUCUGAGUCCUUUCAGGCUCGCUGUAUGAUGCGUUUAAUGGAUUCGCUUGAUGUUGAGAGGGUGAACGUCGUCGGAAUCAGCUACGGUGGCUUUGUAUCGUACAGUAUGGCCGUUCAAUUUCCUGAGCGAUUGGAGAAAGUGGUGCUCUGUUGCGCUGGAGUUUGCUUGGAAGAGAAAGAUAUGGCGGACGGAAUGUUCGUCGUGAAGAACGUUGAUGAGGCCGCUAGCAUUUUGCUGCCUCAAACGCCGGCGAAACUCAAAGAACUCCUCCGCCUCACCUUCGUCAAGCCUGCUCGAAUUUUGCCAACUUGUAUAAUUGACGAUUUCAUCAAUGUGAUGUGCACAGAGUACAAGCAAGAGAAAGAGGAGUUGAUUAAAGAAAUACUCAAGGACAGGAACUUAUCUAAUCUUCCCAAAAUCGAUAAGGCAACGUUGAUAGUAUGGGGAGAACAGGAUCGAGUAUUUCCUUUGGAGUUGGCACAUAGAUUAAAAAGGCACUUGGGGGAAAAUGCAGAAUUAGUAGUUGUAAAAGAAGCAGGGCAUGCAAUCAAUGCAGAGAAGCCAAAAGAGAUGUAUAAACACAUAAAGGCAUUUCUCACCUCUCACCCCAACCUUUCCCCUUCAACAAACUCUUCUCUUUGUAGCUGUUAAGUACAUCAUAUUAUCACUUCCAAAAUCCCAUUCUAUGUUCAAUCCACUCAUAAUUUAUCCCCUAAAUCUUUAUUCACAUAGAUUGGAUUGCCCACAUGACCCUCCUACUGUAUAGUUUUAUUUUUUUAAAUAGCUAUUCUCAAUCAAAAUUAUUUUCUUUGA